UUCUCAUCGUCGCCUUCACGGAAACAUCUCGUCGACCCAAAUCCAUCCAUCCACCCACAACCACAAGGCGAAAUCCACGAUCCAGUCAAACCCCCGCCGCGCACCGAGCUCCAAACCCUAUCGAUGUCGACGGCGGCGGCCACGAAGACUCCGACCAAGCCCCUGGCCGCGGCUGCCAGGACUCCGACCAAGCCCCAGCCCCCCGCGGUGGCCAAGACGCCAUGCCUGUCUCGCGCGCGGCCCUCCCACGCGUCCGAGAACUCCAACCCCAACAUCCCGGGCACGCCGCCUCCCCCGCAGUCGACGCCGUCCAAGCCCGUCCUCAAGUCCCCGCCGCCCGCGGGCGCCAGAUCCGCCACCGCGAGGAAGAAGCCCUCCACGCCCGCGCCGCCGCCGGAGCGGGAGCGGCGAUUCCUCGUGGCGAAGAAGGGCGCGCGGCGGAGGCGCAACGUCGCGACCGUGGGAGGCGGCGGGGGAGAGAUCGACUUCGACAAGUGCCGCGAGGCUGCCCGCGAGGCGCUGCGCGCGUCGCAGGGUGACUUCUUCCGCAAGGAGCUCGCCGCGUCUACCGCCACCGGAGAGGAGCAACUGGGACAGGAGGCGGAGGAGGUGAAGCAGGUGGCUGAAGAGGGUGUGGAAGGUGGAGCACUCGAGGAGCGGCCAGAGGAGGGGACCGACGCGGAGUUGGAGGGGAGCAGCAAGGUUAGGGCGAUGAGGUCUAAGGCGAUGGCGAAGACGGUGACCAGCGUUCCAGAACCUGGCUCUGGCCGCGUAAAAAAUAUGGUGCAGGCCUUCGAGAGCCUGCUCAACAUCUCAGAAAGGUCCGGUGAUGGCUCACGGGCGCUGCCCGGGUUGCAGCUGUGGAAGGAGGAGUCUGAGAGUAAUCUGGGGUUCCCACCAUUGUCGGUAUUCUCUUCGGCUGAUUUCCAGAAUGCAGGGUCUGAUAGACUCUGCUCUUCGCUAGAUGGAAACACCGUCAGGUUGACCUGGGACAGCAGGACAUCGGCUGGCGAGGGUAGGAGCAGGCGAAACUCAUCUGAGUCAAUAAGGAGCAGAACAUCGGCUGGCGAGCGCAGGAGCAGGAGAAAUUCAUCGGAAUCACUAAGGAGCAGCUGGAACAAAAAGCUCAAGGUCACCAGCCAGCAUCCAUUCAAGCUGAGAACUGAGCAAAGAGGAAAGUUUAAGGAACAGCAGUUCGUUCAGAAGGUGCAAGAGAUGCUUGUAGAGGAAGAGAAUAAACGUAUUCAUAUUGCACAAGGAUUGCCAUGGACUACCGAUGAACCCGAGUGUUUGAUAAAGCCUGCAGUCAAAGAAAGAACUGAGCCGGUAGACCUUGUUUUGCAUAGCGAUGUGCGUGCGCUUGAACGUGCAGAAUUUGAUCAGCAUGUUUUGGAAAGGAACAAGUUCGCUGAGCAACAAAGACUAGAAUGGGAGAGGCAACAGGAAUUAGAGGAAGAAGAAAGGAUAAGGCAACUGAGGAGGACCGAGCUGGUUCCUAAAGCUCAACCCAUGCCAUACUUUGACCGCCCCUUCAUCCCCAAAAGGUCGACUAAACCGGCUACAGUUCCCAUGGAACCGAAAUUCCACCUCAGGCCAGAAAAGAUAUCCUGUUACUGUCGACAGCAAUGUAUGGAGCUUGGAAAGCUGAAUCCACAACAGCAGUGCCAACAUCCACUAUGGCAAUCGAGAAGUACAGAGCAUCAACACACAUGAUCCAAAAAAUGUUUCCAUCCCUGUCUUCGUCAUUCUUGAUUCGUCGUCUUCCAUAUGUGAAGAAAUUGCUAUCAGGCGUGUUUUUCAGCUUUGCUCGGAUCGCCUGGCCUCUAAUUUCUGUUAUGUACAUGCAUAUGCAAAUCGUUGGCUCUGUGCUUCAGAUGCAAUCCCACCAAGGUUGGAAUUUUGCUGCCCAAGAAACUGAUCAAGAAAUUCAAAGAUGAAUUUCGGUGGUACAUUAUUGACUUCAGAUGAAUAGUCGAGUAAUCUGUUGCUGUUGCUGACUUGGUUGUGUAUGGGCAUAAGUGUAGGUGUAGCAAACUGAAACUUUGCACAA